UAAAACCUAUUAUUGCUAUUUGCAGGAAUCAACUGUUGAGCGGCUUUUCUAUUGGGGAAUCAAACAGCCUCGCUUCUACGCUUUCCUCCUCAGUGAUUUGAGCGCAAGACUUGUCAAAAGCAGAAAAUUGCACCAAUUUCAAAUUCACGAAGGGUUUUUCAUCUGCAGAUUUUCUUCAAGAUACUCAAAGAUGCAAUUGACUCUUGAAUUCGGUGGAGGACUAGAACUUCUUUGUGACUCCGUGAAGAUCCACAGCAUUGAUGUUGACCUACCAGCUGAAGAAAAGAAGUUAACCAUGAAGCACUUGCUUGCUUGGGUUCGCUCCAAUUUAAUCAAAGAGAGACCUGAAAUGUUUAUGAAGGGAGACACUGUGCGACCUGGAGUUCUUGUUCUUGUGAAUGACUGUGAUUGGGAAUUGAGUGGCCAACUUGAUACAACCUUGGAAAAUAAGGAUGUUGUAGUGUUCAUCUCUACUUUGCAUGGGGGAUAGUUGAGAUAUUUCCAUAUGUUUAUUUUUUGGCGACAAUGAAUGUUAUAAAGUAUUUAUCAAUGUAGUAAACUGAGUUUUGAUUAAAAUCAAAGUUGUAUCCUUCACUUGUUAUGAUGUCGCUGUGUUUAAGAAGUUGUAAACUGAGUUUUGAUUGUUUAUGCUAAUGAACAAUGGUUAUGAAGAUCUUAUUACAAA